AAAUUAAUAAUGCAUGAGACUUUUGGCAACAUAAGACGCAGAGAGAGAGGACUCCAUAGCCAUUUCUUGUUCUCCUACUUUUUUCUUUGAAGUUGAAAAUCCAAAACAUGAGCAACGAAGAACUAUGUUAUGACUUUUCUCCAAUGAUCAAGGCAUACAAAGACGGUCGAAUCGAGAGACUCCUAGGCACAGCCACAGUUCCUCCAUCAACACAACCCGAAACCGGAGUCCAAUCCAAAGACGUUGUCAUCUCCCAACAACCAGCAAUAUCUGUAAGGCUCUACAUCCCCAAAUCCGCUGCCACCAAACUCCCUCUUCUCGUUUACUUUCACGGCGGUGGCUUCUGCAUCGAAAGCGCUUCCUCCCCCACGUAUCACGACUACCUCAACUCCUUAGUCUCUGAAGCCAAUGUUGUUGCCGUCUCUGUUGAGUACAGGCUUGCCCCGGAGCACCCUGUCCCGGCUGCCUACGACGAUUCAUGGGCUGCUCUCAAAUGGGUGGCUUCCCAUUUUGAUGGAACGCGAAAAGGCGGUGAAAAAGAAGACGAAGAUUGGAUAACUAGCUAUGCGGAUUCGCAGCGCGUGUUCUUCGCUGGGGACAGCGCCGGAGCUAAUAUAGCGCACCGUAUGGGAUUGAAAGUAGGAUCGGACGGGCUGGUUGGUGUUAAGCUGAUUGGGGUUGUGUUGGUCCAUCCAUAUUUCUGGGGGUCAGAGUCAAUUGGGGUAGAGCUCAAUGCCCCUGCAGCGAUGAGAGAGUUUAUGGCAGCCAUGUGGCGUUUUGUCAACCCGUUGAGUAGUGGAUCCGAUGACCCGCUCAUGAACCCCGAAAAGGAUCCAAAACUGGGGAAAUUGGGGUGUGGGAAAGUGGUAGUUUUCGUGGCGGAAAAAGAUGUGUUGAAAGAUAGGGGAUGGUAUUACGGGGAGGUGCUGAGAAAGAGUGGAUGGAAUGGGGUUGUGGAGGUGAUGGAAGCAAAAGGGGAGGAGCAUUGUUUCCAUUUAGACGAUCUAACUUGUGAGAAUGCUGUGGCCAUGCAGAAGAAGAUAGUCUCUUUCUUGAACCAGGUUUAGGAUUUUCGAAUUGUUGUAAUUUUGUCUAUCUUUUUUUUCUUCCUCUGGUUUUGUGUUUUCUUUUUUCAUAAAAAUAUUGAACUUUCUGUUCCAAUGUUUACUUCGAACUUGUGGAAUAUCGGUUUAAAGCAUUACGAUUAAGAAAAUUUGUCACACAUAUAAUCCGCAUUCCAUGAAUAAUACAGAUGAGUAAUUAGGGUUUUGAAGAUGUAUUACAUGAGAAAUUAGAUGGAUUUGCUUGUAGCA